ACACUGUACACACGUACUUGUAAGGCAGAGAUGGCUGUUCCAAACGUAUAUUUCUUACUAGCUAGCUACAUUUUAAUUUAUCAAAGCAAGGUGUGGCCAAUGACAUAUUUCUAGCUAGUUAUGAAGUCUUAAGUCAUAGCAAUUGCAUACUUUCAAACGGAAAGAAUGUUUGAAAGAGUGACUCUGUUGUUACGGUAACGUUCACAGUAUUAUUGCUGCCAGCUGUUUAGCCUUCUGCUUACAGUAUCACUGGCAACUUUUGACGGUUUAACUGGCUAGCAAUCUAACGUUCGCCCGUUGCUUUUUCCCCCACAAGUUGAGAUAACAAAAACAGCCAUGUGAAUGAAUCAAUAAUUAUUUUAAUAUAUUUACAUUUAGAAAAUGUCAAGGAAAAAGGACGUCCAAAUUCAAAUUGAAAUAUCUUCUGAAGAACAAUGGGAGGAAGCAUUGUCAGGCCCAGGACUUCUUGUAAUAGAAGUAUACCAGAGAUGGUGUGGGCCAUGCAAGGCUGUGCAGAACAUCUUCAGAAAAUUGAGGAGUGAAUAUGGAGAUGACCUGUUGCGCUUAGCUGUGGGGGAGGCCAGCAGUUUACUUGAGUUAAGUUCACUUAAAGGGAAAUGUCAACCAGUCUUCCUUUUCUACUCUGGUGGUACAUUGGUGUCAAUAGUAAGAGGAGUCAAUGGACCUCUUCUACAAAAAACUAUGUUGGAACUGGUGGAUCAAGAGAAGAAGAAGCAAGAACUGGGCUCAAAAUAUGUACCUGAAGUCCACGAGCUUUUCUUAGAGGACAAUCAUCAAGCAAGAAAAAAGCCUCCGACGACCCAAAAUGCCGACAUAGAAAUUGGCGAUCAUGGAACAUACCAUGUGGUCAUCAUAAAGCCAGAUGCUGUAGUAGGAGGUCAAGUGGAAGGAAUCAUACAAAAAGCUUUAGAUGCUGGUUUUUCAAUUGUUGCGGAGGAGGAGAGGGUGUUGGAUGAAGAGCAAAUUCAUGCUUUUUAUAAGGAGAAAGCCAAAGAGCCAGCGUUUGUGAAGGCCAUGUCUAGUGGGCCUGUCCACGCCUUGAUUCUGUCUAAGGGAGAUGAGGUGGGUGAAGGAGAGUCUCAUUCAUUGACAGCCAUCAUAGAUCCUGAACACGCUGAGCUCAUCCAACCAAAGAAAAGGUCAAAGGUUGUACAGGACGUGGAUCUGGGCAUGUCAGAAAGCAGCACUGAGGUGGCUAGCAGGCAACUGGCAUACUUCUUUCCCACCUUUGAUUUUUCUUUAGAGAUGCAUGCUGGAUCCAAUGCAAGGAUUGAAAAGACUCUUGCUCUUAUUCGUCCAAGUCUUCUCAGGGAGAAAAAAGAUGAGAUCUUGAAGACUAUCCAUGACUCUGGCUUCCAGAUAGCGAUGCAGAGGGAGGUAACCCUCACAGAGGACCAGGCCAAAGAGUUCUACAAUGAGCAUGAGGGCACUGACUUUUUCCCAUGUCUAAUUAACCAUAUGACCAGUGGCCCCGUGUUGGCUUUGGCUUUAACUCGAGAUGAUGCAAUCCAACACUGGAGAGGUUUACUGGGUCCAAAAGUCUUGGAUGAGGCCAAAGAAAGAUUCCCUGAAAGUCUGCGAGCCCAGUUUGCAAUCGACAAUGUGACCAUCAACCAGAUUCAUGGCAGCUCUACUCCCGAGGAGGCUCAGAGAGAUCUCAACCGCUUUUUCCCCACAGAGCACACACUGGCCGUGAUCAAACCUGACUCUACACAAGAACACAAAGAUACCAUUAUGAAUCAAAUUAAAGAGGCUGGGUUUAGUAUUUCACAAGUGAAAGAAACCAAACUGACACGAGAGAUGGCAGAGGAGUUCUACAAAGAUCACAAAGGGAAGGACUUCUUUAAUAACCUGGUUGACUACAUGUCACAAGGUCCAUCUAUCAUGAUGAUCCUGAGCAAAGAAAACGCUAUCGCAGAAUGGAGAGAGAUGAUGGGGCCUGCCGAUCCUGAACAGGCCAUGCAAGUCAAACCCGACUCUCUACGUGCACAGUUUGCCAAAAGCAUCUUGGAGAACGCCGUGCACGGCUCGUCCAAUGUCCAGCACGCCAUGGACAAUAUCAAGUUCAUUUUUGGGGAUAUACCGUCAUAAACACUGGAAAACCGAGAACCCCACACAUAGGUUUAAUAAUGCCUACAUGUGAGUAGACUUGAAGAUUGUAUUGAAUGGGGAGUUGGAGGGAACCUACUGUAUAGGUACACUAUUGUUUUAGAUGUUUCCAAUAAUAAAAUACAAAUUGAAUUUA